ACGAUAAUGAUGUGUUAACGAAUUAUGUAAAUAAUUCACUUUUAAAUCGUUUUUCAAAUCUUAACAUAAACCGAAUGCGUAGCAAUGCAUUAGGUAAGCUUUGGUAGCGUGAAAUGUCGAUGAAAACGCGGAUUUCUUUUCUACUGUUGCAGGAUGAUAUUGAUGUGGACGAGAUGGUCGAGUUCGAUGAGUUUGGUGGCGUUAUAACCGAUCUGGAGCGAUUGCGCAAAAUCAAAGAGGAGCGUCGUAAGGAGCAGGAGGAGGAACGUGCAUGGCGCAAAAAGAAGAAAUCCAAAAGUCUUAAAGAGACAAAGAGUGUUAAAUCGCCGAAACGCAAGCAUAAGGCGAAAAAACGUAAGCGUUCUCGUAAGCAUGCGCGCUCAUCGUCUGCUUCGUCUGACAGCGAGAGCGGAGAGAGCUAUGAUAAGAAAUCGGCAUCAACUAAGCGCGCACGUAAUAAGUCCUGCGAUAUUGAGGACGGUGAAUUAACUGACUGUAGCAGCAGUGAGAGCGAUAUCGAUAGUGAGGAUAGCAAAUGGGCUAGUGGAAAGGAGGGCAAGAGCGCUGCGACCUUUUCUGGCGGUGGUCGCUUACAAGAUAUAGCCAAAAAGUAUCCGCCCUCGCUGCGCGUUAUUGUGCAGGAAAGUAAUUUAGAAGGCCUGAAGGUUGGUAAUCUUAGCCUCAUUACCUACAAAGGUGGCAGUUUGGGGCGUGAAGGCAAUCAUGAUGUCGUAAUACCGGACGUGAAUGUGUCCAAGCUACACAUGAAAUUUCACUACGACCACAAAGAGGCCGUUUACAAAUGCAUCGAUUUGGGUUCACGCAAUGGCACCGUAUUGAAUGGCGUACGCAUGUCUGCCUCCAAACGAGAGAGCUCCGAGUAUGAUUUGGUGCAUGGUAGCGUUCUACAAAUCGGCCAAACGAAGCUAUUAUGCCACGUGCAUGAAGGCAACAGCACAUGUGGCUUGUGUGAGCCGGGUUUGCUGAUCGAGUCGCCACGUGAAAGUAACGUCACUCCUGGCAAUACAAUUGUGCUAUCCCAUCGCGAGCAGUUGAAGAUGCUGCAGAAGAAGUAUGGCUUGGAGAAGGAGAAAUUUGUAGAGGCUAAACAAAAUACGGGCAGCUAUAAUGAUCGUGCCGCAACAAGACGCAUACAAAUUGGCAGCUCAACUGAUGGCGAGAAAACGCAAACAGCUUCGAUUAAUACUGAGAUAUCUUCCGAGAAUAAAGGUUUCAAAAUGCUCUCUAAACUUGGUUGGAAUAAGGGCGAAACUCUGGGCAAGGCUAAUGAUGGCUCAGCCCUCUUAGAACCGAUCAAAGUCUCAUCAAAUGAAGGUAAAAAAGGUUUGGGUUGUGCAGAGGCCCCUUCGGGUAGAGUAGCACUUUCCAACGCUGACAAGCGUAAGAUUUCAAUUCGGCAGAAGACACAGGUACGUUAUCAGCAAGCCGACAUUUUCGGAGAUAGUGAAGAUAGUUCUUAAUGCAUUAAAUUACUUAUUAUUCAUGGCGUUGUGUUUAAAAUAGUUUAAAUAAUAAAGCAGCAGUUGUUAUAACAACUCAUAUGAACAAUGUG